CGCGCGUGUGCCAGCAGCUCCCCGUGUGUAUGUGUGUGUGUGUGUGUGUGUUCGUGAGGGAGGCACUAUGCAGUCGGAGCUCCACACACACAGAGCAUGCCUGUGAGUGCGGGCUCGGGCAAACAUGAGCCUUCCCAGCCCAGAGAUCGUCCACAGCAGCAGCCUGAACUCCCGUCUGAGCCCCCCUCUGCCCUCCCCCUCUCCUCUCUCCCUCUCUCGCUGCCUCUCUCUCUCCCUCUCCUCAUCUACUCUCGCCCUGCGCAGCCUCUUCCCCGCCACCUCUCCAGCACCAGCCGGGGGGACAUCUCCCGCUCUCUGCACGCCGACGUUUGCCAAGCGCCGGACGGCCCCAUGGAGGAACCCCAGGGCAACACACUGGUCGUCCGCAUAGGCAUCCCUGACCUGCAGCAAACGAAAUGCAUGAAGUUUAAUGUGGAGUCGCCCAUCUGGUUGUCUAAACAACGAAUCCUCUGCACACUCAACCAGAGCCUGAAGGAUGUGCUAAACUACGGCCUCUUCCAGCCUGCAUACAACGGCAAAGCCGGGAAGUUCCUGGAUGAGCAGCGAACACUGAAAGAAUACCCAUUUCCUGCCAUCUCUCCUGUCCCAUACCUAGAGUUUCGCUACAAGAGGCGAGUGUAUACACAGACACACCUGGAUGAAAAACAGCUGUCGAAGCUUCACACUAAGGCUAACUUGAAGAAGUUUAUGGAAUAUGUUCAGCAAAGGAACGUUGAGAAGGUAUCAAAGUUUCUGGAGAAAGGCCUCGACCCAAACUUCCACGACCCAGAGACCGGAGAAUGUCCAUUGACAAUGGCGUCGCAGCUGGAAGGUUGUGCAGAGCUCAUAAAGGUUCUGAAGAAUGGAGGAGCUCAUCUGGAUUUCAGGACCAGAGACGGCAUAACUGCCCUUCACAAAGCAGUCCGCACCAAGAACCACACGGCACUUAUUACGCUGCUGGACCUGGGCGCCUCUCCGGAUUACAAGGACAGCCGUGGCCUGACCCCUCUGUAUCACAGCUCUAUGGUGGGGGGCGACCCGUACUGCUGCGAGCUCCUGCUGCAUGAUCACGCUCAGGUGGGCUGCAUGGACGAGAAUGGUUGGCAGGAGAUUCACCAGGCUUGUCGUCACGGACAUGUGCAGCAUCUGGAACACCUGCUGUUCUACGGAGCGGACAUGAGCGCUCAGAACGCUUCUGGAAACACUGCCCUGCACGUGUGUGCUCUCUAUAACCAGGAUAGCUGCGCGAGAGUUCUGCUGUUCAGAGGAGCGAAUAAGGAGAUUAAGAACUACAACAGCCAAACUGCCUUCCAGGUGGCUAUUAUAGCUGGAAACUUUGACCUGGCAGAAAUUAUAAAGACUCACAAAGCAUCAGAUGUUGUGCCUUUCAGGGAAACGCCUUCCUACACAAAUCGCCGGCAUGUGACUGGAGGCGACACGCUGACAUCAUCACGCUCGCUGCCUCGCUCCGCCUCUGACAACAAUCUGAACAACGUGGCUGACACAGGCCCCGCCCACUCACCCGUGCUGUCUCUGAGGAGCCUGCCCCCUCUGGCGCAUGCAGGGAUCGACGCGGCGGCCGAUGGCAGCCUGCAGAGCACAGGCAGCUCACUCUCCUCGCACUCCCGCUCGCCCUCCCUCCAGCGCGUCAGCGAGGAGCCCGGCACGCACGCAGUACGCCGAACCGCGCCCCUGACGCACUCCCACAGCCGCGGACGCCUCAGCCCGGGGACGGUCCAGCGGGACCCCAGCCCUCCUCCCGCGGGGCCCUCGCACACACACUCAGGAGCCCGGGGCCCCAAACGGAAACUCUACAGCGCCGUGCCGGGGCGCACCUUCAUCGUGGUCAAACCGUACACGCCGCAGGGAGAGGGAGAGAUCCAGUUGAACCGUGGAGAGAGGGUCAAAGAAGAAUCUCCCAAUGUAGACCAUUACAUAGAGCAUGAAAUUAAGAAGGAGGAUGGCCAUGGUUCUAUGGACGAUAAAGUGUUAAGUAUAGGAGAAGGAGGUUUCUGGGAAGGAACGGUGAAAGGAAGAACCGGUUGGUUUCCUGCAGACUGUGUGGAGGAGGUACAGAUGAGACAGUUUGAUCCUCGACUUGAGACAAGAGAGGACCGAACCAAGAGGCUGUUCAGACAUUACACUGUGGGCUCCUACGACAACUUUACCUCAUAUAGUGAUUACAUCAUCGAGGAGAAGAACGCUGUGCUCCAGAAGAAAGAGAAUGAGGGAUUCGGCUUUGUCUUGCGGGGAGCAAAAGCGGAGACGCCCAUUGAAGAGUUUACACCCACACCUGCCUUUCCUGCACUGCAGUACCUGGAGUCUGUGGAUGUUGAGGGCGUGGCCUGGAGGGCGGGGCUAAGGACUGGUGACUUCCUGAUUGAGGUGAAUGGUGUAAACGUGGUAAAAGUGGGACACAAGCAGGUGGUGUCACUCAUCCGGCAGGGCGGGAAUAACCUCCUGAUGAAGGUGGUGUCAGUCACACGCAAGCCAGAGUCUGAGGAGUCAGUCAGGAAGAAGGCGCCCCCGCCUCCAAAAAGAGCGCCCAGCACCACCCUCACCCUGAGGUCCAAAAGCAUGACUGCUGAGCUCGAAGAACUAGCCUCUGCAAGGAGGAGAAGAGGAGAAAGGCUAGAUGAGAUUUUGGCCUCUCAGGAGACAGUACUGAGGCCAAAGGUGGAAGCAGACUACAGAGCAGCAACAGUGAAGCAACGUCCUACUAGUCGCAGAAUUACACCAGCAGAAAUCAGUUCUCUUUUUGAGCGACAAGGACUUGCUCUCCAUGGUGCUCUACACCCAGCGCUGGAAAAAGCCCACAUGCAGCUGCCGAAAAGCAUGGCUAGAACAAAGUCUUUUGGAGCAACUGAAGAGGAUCGACUGUCUGCCCUGGCAGCAGAGCACAGGUUUCCACGGAGCUCCUCCAUGACAGACAGCCUGAGAGACAGCCAUAGUAUCCCUCCACCUCCUCAAAUGGCUCCCCCACCUCCCCCAUCGCUUUACUAUCUAGAUACUGGACCCCCUCCUUCGUUCUGCCCACCUCCUCCCCCUGGCCGCAUUCACGACCCCAGCCGUUCCAGUUUUAAACCAGGCUCUGAACCAAGACUGCACGCUUUGCCACAGACAAUGUCUGCUGAGCUGUUUGAGCCGCCUCGCCAUGCCUCCCACUUGGAUCGGCAGAAGAAAGCCCGCUCCAUGAUCAUACUGCAGGACUCCUCCCACCUUCCCGUGGAGCCUACUGACAUCCCCAGGCCAGGUCCUGUUUCAACUCCGCCCGAAAGGAUCAAGCGGAAAGGUCGGGUCAUUGAUAACCCCUACGCCAAUGUGGGCCAGUUUAGCGUGGGCCUGUUCACGCCGCCUCUGAGCAAGCCACAGCGGAGGAAGAGCCCGCUUGUAAAGCAACUCCAGGUGGAAGAUGCUCAGGAGAGAGCCUCGCUAGCACUGGCAUCCAUCCAUGCGAGAGAGCACUCUCCCUCUGGGCGCCUAGCUUCCCACCAUACCAGCAGGGCUGAUUUCUAUCAGCAGCAGCAGCAGCUGUUGCAGGAAAGGAGUCAAGCUCAGGCUGAGGGACUGUUGCAAGGAAAGGGACCUUUCGCUGCCGCCAUUGCUGAUGCUGUGAAAGACCGGGAACGUCGACUGGAGGAGAGGCGGAAAUCCACAGUCUUCCUAUCAGUGGGCACUAUGGAGGGCAGUUCGGCACAACCCCUAGAGGCCCAUUCACUCACACCAUCCCGUUCUGUUGAUGAACGAAUGCUAACACGUGAACUUGGUCAGUUGCCUCCUCCCGCCCUGGCAUUGCGACCCUCUCCUGGGGGCACCACUUUCAUUCACCCACUGACGGGCAAGCCCCUGGACCCCAACUCUCCACUGGCACUUGCGCUGGCCGCAAGGGAACGGGCAUUAACCUCCCAGAGUCAUUCCCCUUCAAGCAGCCCUGAACCCAGAACUAAACAUGAAGCUGCUGGAGGGGUGCUGUAUAUGGAGACCAAGACCAAAGAGGCUGAGCGGUCACAGGCUGAGAGGGAGUUUGCCUCACCUCCCUUUUCCCCUGCAACGAAAAGAAUUUACGAGACCUCUGCCCCCACCAGCAAAAUCCAGUGGGGAAGUCCCAUAUCCACCAGGAAAGAGUUAGAAACAAGGACAGAAUCAAAGGAGGAAAGGAAAAUUGAGGACAAGAAGAGUAUGAUCAUCAGCAUCAUGGACACAUCUCAGCAGAAAACUGCUGGGCUUAUCAUGGUUCAUGCAACAAGUAAUGGGGAGGCCGUGGGGCCCAGCCCAGAACACAUUGUCCCCUCUCCCUCUCCCAAGAGGGCAUUGUCAGAGAGCCCGAAACCCAUGUUAGCCGAAAUAAAACGAGCCAAGUCCCCUGGUCCAGAUGCUUCUUUGAGAUCCACCCCGCCUCCAGCCACAGCACCAACUUCCCAGCCACCUCCCAGCCCAUCCUCAGAUAAAACCCUGGCACAGGGUAGUUCUGAGGAGGAUAUGGAUCCCUAUACGGUCACAUUGCCACCUGCCAUGCUCUCUUCCAGUGACGAGGAGACACGUGAGGAGCUCCGCAAAAUCGGUGUGGUUCCUCCACCGGAUGAAUUUGCCAAUGGCCUUCUUGGAAAGACACCUGCAACUGCAGUACCUCCUGCUCCUACGUUGGCGCAGACAACCCCUUCUACCCUGCCCCCAGCUCCACCCCCACCUCCACCCCCUGCCCCUCCAGCAGUGGUCACCGCAGCAGCACAGGUCCCCGCUAGCAGUGGCCCGCAAGCAGCCUCAGGGAAGCCAUCUGAGUCCCACCUGGGCCCAGAGUCUGCUGCUGACUCCGGGGUGGAAGAGGUAGACACUCGUAGCUCCAGUGAUCACCACCUGGAGACCACGAGCACCAUCUCCACUGUCUCCAGUAUGUCCACACUGUCCUCAGAAAGCGGCGAGCCCACGGACACCUACACCACCCACGCAGAUGGCCAGACGUUCAUUCUUGAUAAGCCGCCAGUGCCUCCAAAGCCAAAGCUCAAGUCCCAGCUCAGCAAGGGCCCGGUGACGUUCAGGGACCCCCUGCUCAAGCAGUCAUCCGAUAGCGAACUGCUCUCACAGCAGCAUGCGGCUGCGCUGGCUGCUGCUGCGGGAGCCUCAGGCCCGGCAAGACCCCGCUACCUCUUCCAGAGACGCUCCAAGUUGUGGGGGGACCCCGUGGAACCCCGUCCUCUUUCGGGGGCAGAGGAAGGCAAGCCCACUGUGAUCAGCGAGCUCAGCUCUCGCCUGCAGCAGCUGAACAAGGACACACGCUCACUCGGGGAAGAGCCGCUUGGAGCUUCACUUGACCCCGGAAGGAAAUCACCCGUGAUUGGUGCAAGACUCUUCAGCAGUUUGGGGGAGCUCCAUACUAUCUCUCAGAGAGGCUACGGCACCACCUACACCAUCAGACCAGGCAGCCGCUACCCAAUGACCCGGCGGACACCCAGUCCUGGUUCCCCGGACCGCUCGGAUCCUCUGGGACCCAUCCGGGGCUUCGGUCUGGCCACUUCUCCCAUCACACCCCCCACCAUCCUUAAGUCAUCUAGCCUCAGUCUCCCUCACGAACCUAAAGAAGUGCGUUUCGUCAUGAGGAGCUCCAGCGCUAGGAGUCGCUCUCCCUCGCCUGCCCCCUCCUCGGGCAUGCCCUCCCCCCUGCUCACCCUGCGGCCGUUCCACCAGAAGCCCCUCCACCUGUGGAACAAGUACGAUGUUGGCGACUGGCUGGCCAGCAUUAACCUGUCUGAACACCGGGAGCGAUUCCAAGAGCAUGAGAUCGAGGGCUCCCAUCUGCCUGCUCUGAACAAGGAGGACUUCGCUGAGCUGGGCGUGACACGCGUCGGUCACCGCAUGAACAUUGAGCGCGCCCUUAAACAGCUGCUGGAGAGUUGACCACGCGCCUCCCUCUACCCGUAGCUAGUCUCAACACAGUUUUCUUUUAUUUUCUUAUUUAAUUUGCUUGUCUUGUCAUUUUUCUUGCAAUUCUUGAGCUUUAAAUCCGAAGUGUGUCAUUUCGAUGUUAAAAUAAUUAUCCUGUCCCAAGCUUUUGUAAAAAGCAAUCCCUGGGUGGUACUAAAUGGUAUUAAUAUGUACCAUUUAGGUACUACUGGGUACAUUUUUGGUGCUAAAAUGGUAGAGAUGUCUAAUUUUGCUCCUGAAGGGGCCACUUUUUUCAGAGUUUCAAUACACUUGCCUACUGAUUUUGUAAACCGUGAUUUGCUGUUUAACUGAUGUGUUUAACUGGAACUAGAGCUAAACUCUCUUGACAAGUGGCCAUCCAGGAGCAGGAUUGGACACCCCUGCUUAAAGGUACUAUUAUGAUCCCUUUAGGGGUAGAAAUAUGUAGGGAUGCAAAGAGGCAGAAAUUUUUGGAAAGUUUACAGAAAUUUUCCACCCUUUGCAACCCUAUAAAUAAGGUACAACGGAAGGGUACUGCACCAGUGACAACCUUUUUGGACCUCUUUUUCCAGGAAUGCAAUUUAAUAUUCCCCUGAAAACAUUGCUCUGUUUAUUUGAGCAUCCCAACCAAUCUGACGCACCAACAUUGACGGUGUUUGUCCAACCAAUGGCAGUCAAUUUAAACAAUCAUUUUUGCUAUUGCCGCAGAAAUUACACACUUCAGUUUUAAAUAAUCUCACUAUUUCCAAAAUCAAUCAUUGGUGUAGUGGGUGUUGACUCCAUACUGUUUUUUUUUUUUUUUUUUUUUUUUAACACUACCCUAAGCCCCUCCUCCGCUACUGACAGCAGCCAAUCACAUGGGUGCUGUGUAUUUGGAAGGGGCUGUGAAUUUAGUGAUCGAAUUGGCUUUGUUCACACUGCACAAAAAUCUGAUUUAUUUUGCAAAAUCAGAUCUGCUGAUAUCUGGUUUACCCACAAUUGUGUCAUGGCAUCUUUCCAUGGUGCCAAACUCAUGAUGCAUUAAAGUAUUUAAUGCAUUUAUGCAAAUACUUAAAACCGCUCAAUGAUUCAUUUACUAUUCACUGUAUAGUUUGCUAUAUGGUGAAAAAGUGAGAGAAAAUUAGUGUAUUUGCAAAGUAAAUCUCAUCCUGAAUUAGGAAAAACUACUUGAAAUCCAAUUUGACAGUUCACACUGCAUUUUAAUCUGAUUUCAAACCACUUGUCAAAAAUAAUGUAUUUUUCUAUCCAGACUACAAAACUCAGAUUUUUGCAGUGUGUCUAAUCAAAGCCUAUUCAAAAAAUCUUGUAAUUGAUACUUCAGUUUCAUUAGCAUGAUAAACACCCACUAAUCCCUUAGUCCCAAAUCCAUUUUUUUUCUAUUUUACUAUUCGCUUCUUACUGCUGUCAUUCAUUCAGAGAAAGGAGGGAUGCUGUUGAGAAAAGGAAGUUCAGUUGCCUUUCAGAGUAUUUUUUUAGGAGUGGAUGAGCAGAGUGGGCGUGGCCGGAUCCUCUCUGUCUACCGCCUGCCCCCUUCUGGCUGAGGGACGUACUACACUCGGAGAAUGUUUAACCAACACUAGUGGCUUUUUCAUAAUCAGACUCUUACCUUUGGGUUUCCAAAGGAAAUAUGACAUUAGAUAGAAUAUCUCAAUGUAUUUAAAUAGCUUUGAAAAUGGAGGGAGACAGCAAACAACAGGAUGGACCGUGCAAAACUGCACCUGUCUCUCUCCCUAGAUGAUUUAUUCCACCAAUAAUUUACCCAUUUUUACCAAUUAUAUACAUAUAUAUUUGACAGAAAAAAAGUAUAUAGAUAUAUGAAUAUAACAUUUUUGUCAUAAAUAUAAAACUUAUAUAUGAUAUUAUAUAUAUAAAGACAAAAAACACUCUUGAAAAUGAUUUUUGAUGGUUAUCCUUUUAUGAUGGACUGUAGCAUGAAACGUUACAUCACCAUUUGGAAUGAUGGUUGGCUGAUUUGCAUUGUACCACCCCCUUUUUUGCUUUUCUUUUUCCUAUAGUUUUACAGAACCUGGUCUUCCAUCUUUAAUUGGGCUGUAAUGGUGUGUUCAUGUUUGAGCCCCUCACACACACCGCUUUUGUCUGUUAUUCGUUUGUAGUUCUUUGUAUGAAACAAAAACGCGUUCCCAGUACAGUUACACACUUUCAUGCACACAACCACACCUGUUUCUUAUCCAAAUUUGAUCUAAAUAAGUCUUCUUAAUCUGGUAAUAAGAAAUUCCGAAUAAGAAACUCUGCAAUAAGUGUGCGUGCAAACAAGUGUGCGGUGUGCAUGACAGAACCACUGUGGGACGAGAAACAUCUGGAACAUCGCAGCUCAUCUGGAUGGUAACGACUGGUGUUCGAAGACAGAAUCUAUAAUUGUAAAAGUUUCCACUGUAUGGUUUAUAUGAUAACCUGCUGUAAGCACUGAAGCAUUUGGCUUGUUUGCUUUGGCCUUUUUUAUUUGUUUAUUUAUUUAUUUUGUUUCUUUCUCCUCAUAGGUGGAUUUUGUAGCUUGUGAAAUAGGAUGCUUAGAAGAAUUUUCAUGAAUUCAUUUAGAAUGAAUUUUAGAAUGAUGACUAGUUAAAAGAAGAAGCUGAGGACAAAAGAUUUCAUGAAAAAAAAACAAUCAAUGAAAAAGAAGCCCAGAGAUCCUGCAGCUGUAUAUAUGGACAAAUGACUUAAAUAUUUGCUUUUUAUAUCAAUCACAAGCAAUGUAUAUACGAUAGUUUUCAUAUAAAUUUUUAAAAAUCAAAAAAUAUAUAGAUCUAUAUAUGAAUGUUUGGCAUAUAUGCAUAGUUAACCACCUGUCAAAAAAGGUGAAGAUUUUACUCUUUGUAUGGAGUUCGGGGGUGAUUUGCACAAAACAAGGUGCUAGCAUUUCAAGCCAUUCAUUCCCACCUGUCCCAUUCAACCCUCCAUUAGGGCUCAACAGAUGCAUAUUUAAACGAAACCUGGGACAUGCAAACACAGACACACAGACGCUCAUUUCUCUUCUGUGCACCAUCAGUCCUGUUUUUAAUACCUAAUGUGUGUGUGUGUGUGUCUUAGACUGUGACAGCAGAAAGAGUUAAUGUUUCACCAUUGGUCAUCUCUUCUCUUGCAUCUGAAAUCAGGCCCCACACAAACAGCCAAGGAUGACGAGACCUUCUCAGUGCAUAAUCAGAUGAGCACGCCAAUAACACUGUGUGGGAAAAAGUCGGAGUAGAUGCCAUAUUUAUAUUGAUAUGAACAAAAAGAGAAGCUGCAGGGACUGAAAUACAGCCUGUUCACACUGCAGGUAAA